UUUUUGUUUUGUUUUUGUUAGGCAAUUCAAUUCGUCGCGCAGUCUUCCCUCAUUCUCUUCUAGUUUUUCAUAUGUUCCGUGCCAGUUACCUAUUAUUCUCAAUCGAAGCAAAAGUAAAUUAUUCAUGCUGUCACGUGAAUAGUUUGAGCGCCUAAUUUUUGGUUGACGUUCCUGAAGAGGUCAAUGAACUGUAGGUUGGCGAAGCGCUACCUGGAAACUCUGACCUGGAACUUCAGUCACUGUACUGUGGCAUAUGAAGCAUGUCCUGAUGGUAGUAAGCCAUUUCUACGGAUGCUGGGUGUAAGAAGUCAUUUGCAAUGAGCUAUGUCUCAUUUAUGAAAGAAUGCUUUUCCAAGAGUGCUCCUUACACUAAAAAUGGUAGUGGUUGGAAACAAACAUUCACAAUUGCCUUGGAUCUUGCGAAUGGAGCAUCUUUGUAUGUAUACGGGUGAUAACGAAACAUUACAUGUGAACUCGUAUGAUUUCAAGAUAAGUAUCACCCUCUGAAGACAGCUUGGCGAAGAGGAGCAGAUGACGAUGGAUAUGGACGUCUCCGAUACCGGCUUUCUUGCUGAAGGAAAUGAUUCUCGUCAAACGAACGUUUCCACAUCCAACAACGCAUGCAUGUUUUUGGAUUCUCCUGGCAAGACGCUGCUCGCCAGUAUUUUCUCACCGCGCAGUUUAUUCCACGGCGAGAAUGUCCGAACUCCGAGUGGCUCUGGCAUGUGCACUCCAAACACACCCAGCAGGUGCGGACUGGGAACACCAACCAGCAGCCGCAUGGGAACACCGUGCCACCCGGACUUCGAGCCCAUCGACUGCGCGAUGAUGCCGCCAGCAAAAGCGGCCAGUCCACCAAACGAGGCAAGAGGCGCACUCUACGGCUCUACUGAGAUCGGAUCGCCCGACCUGAGCUGUCUGCUGCGCGACUGGACAGAGCGAACACCGGAACACGACGGAGCGGCUUAUCGGGAGCGGUCCUCCAGCUCGGUGGCGAGCUCGACGCUGCUGCGGCCGUCCCAGAGCGGACCGGCCGAGGCGCUCGGCCUCCGCUCGUCGCCUCAAAUCGUACAGUCGCCGCUGGCACUGCUGGAGCCGGCCGGCCACUUGGUCGUGGCCAGUCCUCUGUCGUCGACGACCUGGCGCAGUCCCGGCCGUCGCCGACCCGAGUGGAGGUCUCCCUGCCCAUCGUUUGGGGCACAGACGGCUACUCCGGUGUCUCCACUGGCGCUGGAGGGGACGUUUUGGUCGCAGCAGAGCGCGAGGCAGAGCUCUCCCACGGGUGCGACCUCCAAUCCUGGCUGCGUGCGACUCCUGGGCCCAGCAGGGCUCUGUUCACCAACCACCGUCCAGUCCGAGUCAGCUACUGGGCUGCGUGAUACAUCCCCUCUCUUGUCCACUGGCCAGCCAUCUGCCGUCCUAGUCUCCAGGCCAGCACCUGGCCAGAUGAGAGCCCCACUCGGUGACCCGAGCCGCCAGCCCAGCGACCCCGCUGAGAGGCCCCGCGAUCUUUCUUCUCCGACAAACACGGCUGAGGAUGGCGAUCCAGACGCGGACGACCUCAGUGAUCUCUCACCGGACAGUGACGAAGACAUGGACCAGUUGGACGUGCCGCAGGCCUUCUGCAAGCCCUUCCUGGACGGCCCCGACCUGCUGUUCUCCAACCGUCACCUGGCGUACCCUCACAUGGACUCUCCGGUGCUGGGCCACUCGCGUCAGGUGACCCGGUUCGGCAAGGUGCGCUUCACCGUGUUCCCGGGCGUGCACUGGGCACGCGACCCCAGGGAGAGGAGACGGCAGCUGGCGGCGGCCAGGGGCAUCCAGAGCAGCGGCCGACGGGGAAAACGGAAACUGGCGCCGAAACCUCAAAACAGUCGGUGUCAAGGGCGGGCCGAUCGCAGUGAAGGUGCGUGCAACCGUUCAGAACAAUGCUAAGUGUUUAAACACCGUUUGACGCACUGAGUUCUAUUGUCAAAAUAUAAUUGUUUUUUGUUA